CGUCACAUAUUACACAACUCGAAUAUUUAUUACACAUAAAUGCAUUCUACUUACUGAAAUAAAUGAUGACUUUGUGUAUUGUUGCAUUUUGCAGCAUCUGUUCGGCAUUGUUGUCAUUUUUUUAAACUAACAAUCACAGAUGUCUAUAUUACACCCGCUACUGACAGCAAGUGUCAACACAAUGUCACAUAUACGCACUACCACACGCACUGACGCCAUGUUCUGUCAGGUGUCAUGGCCGAAACCGGAGAUCCGGCCGGCCUCAGUCUUUUGUAUGCCAAAGCCCGUAGUUAGCGAUCUAAUAUAGUAUAGACAUCUGUGAUUGAGAAUAACCAAAUGGACUAGAUACAUAAGCUACGUUGUAUACAAAUAGAUAGUUGCGGGCCCAAUCCAUGGACAUAGGAAUAAGGGGACGGAGCAGUAACCAGGGGGGGUUAAGCCGCUUCGCGACGGGAGGGCUAUAGUCACGUGGUACUUUUGGUGCCGCAUUGGUGAUUGGCUGCGAUUUUUGAAGGUUAUAGUGUGAUCACUUCUUGAGAAAUAGAAAUAGAGUUUGUGUUGCUUGAGUGUUUGAUUUCUCAAAAGUAUAUCAGCUGUAUUAAAUAUAUACAUUUCUGUGCCGCAUAAUGCCACAGUGCAUCAUAAAACAGUGCAAAAAUCGCACUGUAAGCCGUCCAGUGUUAGAAAGACUAAACGAAGAAAGAAAUCUGAAUAUAUCAUAUCAUCGAUUUCCAAAGAAGGAAAAAAUAAGACAGUUAUGGUUAGAUAUACUAGAACUAUCUGCGGAGUCAGUUCCAGUUGGAGGAAGAAUUUGUUCGGCACACUUCAGCGAAGAUGCUUUUGAUCUUUCAACUGGUACAAGAAGACUUCGACCAAAUACAUUACCAUAUAAAGAACGUACGGUUGCUGAUAUUGUAAAUGAUACUGUAAAUGAUAUUGCAUCAAAUGAAGAUAUUGCAAAUGAAAAUAUUCAAGCACCAAGCUCUAUAACUAGUACAAUAGAUACAGCCACAUCUCCUAUCCCUGGAUGUAGUUACUUUGUGGAUGCUUCAACAACCGUUUCUCCAAAGAGGAAAUUUAAUUCUCCGGAGAAAAGUCGGCUGCGGAAAAAAUUGCGAGAAACAAAGAACUUGUAUUAAAAAAAAAUAAAAGUAUUACAACAGAAACUUCGCCGAAAGGAUUCAAAAAUUAUCUCUUUAAAAGGAAUUUUAAACGCACUGAAGGAAACAAAUGUAUUGGGAGCUAAAGAGAUACAAAUAUUGCGAAACAUAGACAACAUUUCAACAUCCAGUAACGAAGGAACCAAUAGUAAUAUUUCCAGACCCAUGCCAUAUGUUGAAAUUAAUACGUAAUACAUUUGGGCAAUUGAACAAUUUUAUUGAUGAAGAUAACAAGAUUGUAAAAUGGGAAUAUCUUGAGAAACUGCACAAAAUGAAAGUACGAUUAGCUGCAUAGACACUAAGCCGAUCUGUUGCAGAUUCAUUACGAUAUUGCAAAGAUAAAUUGAAACUAGAUGAUUUCAAAUAUGUUGAAGCUACAGUUCAAUUUUUAAAUGUGUUCAAUGACUUAUUCGAUAUAUUAAACUCUAAAAGUAUGAAGCAAACGGGUUUUAAAAAAGCAUUAUGCUUGGAAAAUGUUCGAGAAUUUACAGAUAGAUUCGAAACUUGUAAAACCUAUAUAAUAUCUUUAAGAACAAUUAACGGAGAUUUUCUACAUCAAACUUGCAAGAAAACCGGAUUUCUUGGAUUUUUAAUAUGUAUAAAUAGUGCACAAAUGUUAUACAAAACUUUGUGUCAAGAAAGAAAUGUAUUAAAAUAUAUACCAUUUUAUAAAUUAAAUCAAGACCACAUAGAGCUUCUGUUUGGUUGCAUUAGAUCAAGGGAAGGUGGAAACAAUAAUCCAACAACUCGACAAUUUUCAGCUGCAAUAAAAAAGAUAUUAGUACAUUGUCAGCUAAGAAAUGUAUCGACCGGAAAUUGCGUUGCUUUAGAGGAAAUUUCUAUCUUACAUGUUUCAUCAUUUAAUAAAACUGUUAACUCAGAAGAUGUUAUUAGGUGGUCCAGUGGAUUACAUCGUCUUGAAAAUGAUAAUGAAGUUGUUGAUGGUGAUAAUGAUAUAAAUAAUCAUGAUGAUACACUAGAUGUAAGCGAGUUAUCUGAAUUUACAAGAGAAGUGACUGUGUAUAUUGCUGGAUAUGUUGUCAUGCAAUUACAAAAAACUAUUUUAUGCAACCAAUGUAUAGACGCAUUGAAAUCCAAUCGAACUAUGUAUAAGGAUAGUUUAAUUACUUAUAAAGAUAAAGGCAGACUGACAUAUCCAUCUAAUGAUGUAUUAACAAUUUGUUAUACGUGUGAAAAAAUUAUUAGACAUGCGUUAUGUGAAAGUGGUGGGACAUAUAUGAAUAAGCGAUUUAAUGUGUAAUACUUAACAAUUAGAGUUAUGAACAAUUUUAUUGGACAUAAAUUCUUUGUAACUUUAGAAAGUCAUACAUCGGAACAAGAUGCAUUUAAUAAUCACAUUGUUCACUUAAUACGGUCAAUAUGUUAUAAAUAUAUUAAAGUCAGAUUGCAUUUUAUUACACAACAAGCUGUUAAUACGUCAGAGAGUAUGCGACGUGUAUUUAAUAAGUUAAUUUUAUUUAAAGGACAAUGAAUAUAUAUAUAUAUAUAUGUAAUAAAAAUAAAAUUGAUAAAAACA